AUGAAGCUGAUGAUGGUGAUGAUGGCCAUGACCCUGCUCACCACAAGCCAUGGCAUUGGCAUCCACAUUAACACCAGCGUCGUCACUCGCGGCUAUUCUGCCUCCCGGUGCAACGGCCUCACCGACACGGCGUGCCGGAUUGCACACUCUGAGUUGGAUUUGACUUUGGAGUUCAUGUUGGACUCAGAAUUCAGCAUAAGGAUCCUCCAAUCCCACUACUAUAAUCAAAACAACGGUGAAAGGCUGCGUCCUGCAACCGAGUUGGUAACCAAGUUCCCUGCCACGGUAGGUAACAAAAACCAAAAUCCCACACCAGAGCACUGCAAGGAGGAACCCACCAAUAAGGCUUGCUGGAAACAUUUCUAA